CGUGACGCGGCCGCCGAGGGCCUCCGAGGCGGGGCGAGCCGAGCCGAGCCGCGCCGCUUUCCCGGUCGGAGCUGGAGCCGCGCGGCGCCGCGAUGCCUCUCUUCGGGGUCUCCAAAGAAGCCGCGGUGGGGACGGCGGCGCUCGGGCUGGCCCUCGCCGCUGGCUUCGUGGCAGGCAGAAGAUACCAUUCAGCAUUACAUUUUGAAACUCACAAAAAUACUCUAAUAGCCAAAAACAGCCCAUUACUGCAGUAUGUACUGGAUCACUCCUUACGGGAACACCCUUCUCUAAAGAAGCUGCGAUUGCUGACAUCAGACCUUCCUCAGAAAGUGAUGUUGGUGUGUUCUGAACAGGCCCAGUUUAUGGCCAACCUGGCCCGACUGAUCAAAGCAAAGAAGGUGCUUGAAAUCGGUGUCUUUACAGGAUACAACGCCUUAAGCAUGGCUCUGGUCUUACCAGAAGAUGGCCGAGUUGUUGCUUGUGAUAUCAAUGAAGAUUUUGUCAACAUUGGGAAACCGGUGUGGAGAGAGGCAGGAGUGGAGCAUAAAAUUGACCUGAGGAUAAAACCGGCCAUCCAAACGCUAGAUGAACUUCUAGCCAGCGGAGAAGCGGGAACCUUUGACUUUGCUUUCAUAGAUGCUGACAAAGAGAGUUACAACGAUUACUAUGAAAAAUGUUUACGGCUCAUAAGGAAAGGAGGAAUCAUAGCUAUUGAUAAUGUGUUGUGGCAUGGGAAAGUACUGAAGCCAAGCAAAGAUGAUUUGGAAACACAAAGUGUCCAACACUUGAACGAAAAGCUCUUCCGUGACCCACGUGUGAACAUAAGCAUGAUCCCCAUGGGGGAUGGGGUGACGUUCGCAUUCAAGCUCUAAGCCGAAGAUGACAGGAGCUGUAAAGGAGGAGGAGAUGGUUUAUGUACCCGAGAAUCAUGGGCCCAAGAAUGUACCCGAGAAUCAUGGGCAAUAAAAGAUACGAAAUGUAUAUUUUGACUUUCUCACAGCAAAAAUAGCCUAGGCUGGAAAUCCAGCUAUAAGCAGAGCUAAGCCCGUCGGUGUGGAUUUUGGAGGGAUGGAGAACUAUGUCUUGCAUAUCCUUAACACAAAAUAUGAUUUUUUAAAAAUUCAUAUAGGUUUGCAUAUAAAAUCAGGUGGGGACCUGCAAAAUCUAUUUGAACAAUUUUCACAUGAACAGAUUCCAUUUCCACUUCUUUAAUUAGCAGUAAGCAAAUUGUUGCAUGUAGAAAAUCAUGAAGAAUAAGACCACGUCGGGAAGCGUGUGCGCAUAUGUGCAGGCAUGUGCCUUCUUGUGGCCAUUGUUUCCUCAGAUCGGUAAGCCUGAGGAAGAAGACAUUUGAAGCAUUAGCCCAAAGCAUGCUCACAGUGUGCUGUAUAUCCCAUUGAAUGGAAUGUGGGCAAGUGGCUAGACUCACAUGCCCCGUUCAGCCCUGAAUCUUUUUCACUAUCCGGCAGCCUACUCCGCCUUCAAGGGGGGUUGCGAUGAUAAUUUUUUAAAAGCGUAAACUGCUUAGAGCAGGACUCUGAAGAAGUGGCAUAAAAAUAUUCUAAAUAAAUAAAUGGGGAGAGGAAAAGCACAUAUACCGCCCUGCGCUCCAGGCAGGAAGGGCUAGAAACAUUAGAAAAAUAUGAAUACAGUUUCCCCAGCAGAGGAACACAGGCCUUGCUGCUUUCACCCCAUCCCGAAUGCUUUUCUCAAUAAUCCUCCACCCUUUCUCCAAACAGAAGGGCUUCUUUGUAGGGAGAAAAAAAUGGGGAGAUUGUGUGUACCCCAUCAAUGCAGGGGAGGUGGCUAGGGUUGCCAAGUUCCUAUGCCCUGGCGGGAAGGGGAGGGACUUGGCACUUAAGUGUGCAGUCCCUGUGUGUGUACACACUCCAGCGACCCCGCGCCACCCACAUGAGCACUCUAGUACUCCACACGGGGCCAAUUCUGCCCAUUUGGGGCCAAAAUGAGCCCCAAACAAAGCGCAGAAGCGUUCUCAUGGCUGGCACAACCUCCAGAAGCUUGCUGCUGCCUGCCGAUCACUGGCAGGUUGGUGGGCAAGGAGGCAAACCCCUGGGAGUUUUCCCGCCACCAGUAGGCACCUGGGAACCCUAGGUGGGGUCCCAGUGUUAGUGGCAUUUUACUAGCAUAGCAGAGAGCACCCCCAAGGCCAUUUUGGGUCAGGAAGAUGGUGCAGGGGGAGGCAUAAGGCCCUUCUUAUGCACCACAGACUUGUUCCAAAUUGGCGGACCUGGACAUGUCCCAAGAACUUUGUAACAUAGUGGUUAAGAAGUCUUAGUUUAUCUGGCCAUAUAGGUCCCACUUCCUGCUCAAUGCAGGUAUUCGAAGUGCAUGUCCAACAUGUCUUUGCCCUCUUCCCUGGGACAGCUCUUGAGAAAGCCAUGUGUCUUCCCCCUCAGUUAUCACUAAACAUAGCAUAGCUUUUAAAACAAUGCCUUAGAAAGGGGGGGCAGCAAUUGUAAAACAUUGCAAAGCGUUAAUAUACAAUUCCUGUUUCUGUCUUUGUGGGAGGAUGUAUUCAUAGCUGCUGUUCUAAUAUUUAUCCCAAUUGUUUGAAAAGUAAAUCUUCCCAAUAACUCACUGUUUCCCCCCUGCAUUACAUUCCAUCUUUUAAACAAUUAUUCAAGUCACAGGAAAGCAAAUAUUUAUCUUUUUCUAUUCUUUGUAUUUCCCUACUGAGUUCUGAGCAAAUUGCGCCUACUUAUAUUUUAUGAUUUUUUAGAUAAUUAAAAUAUUUUAUGAAGGCAACUGAAAUUCCUCCCCAGAGUUAGUGGCGAGAUUAUUGAUUGACUAGAGCUCAGUUACCCCUAGAAAAGGCUGUCUUUAAUGGCUCAUAAUUUUCCUUCCAUUGACCUGCUAAACUCGGCAACUCUGCUGGGGCUCCAGGGACAGGCGGCGGACUCACACUUAUUGAUAAACGCCCCUCCAAAGUUAUUAAAAAUAAUUUACACUUUUGUCUUUCUUACUACAGUUUUGCAAGUAAAUUAAGUGUCAAAUCGCUUCCAAUCUUUAUGGAAUUAUAUGUCAUUACAAGAAACCCCGCAGCGUGAGAUUGAAAGUAGAAGGAAAUUUCUCCCUUUCUGGCCAUCCUAAAACGGGAAGGGAUCCCGCUUGGGAAUUUAUCCAGACAUGCUGGGGGGGGGGGGGGCGGGAAGGAUUCAAAACAUACAUUAAAUAGUAGGGGCAGUAUGGCAGUGGGGAAAGGAAGAAUGUUUUAAAGCAGGAUACAAAUUUUGAAAUAAAUUGCUUCUAAAAUAAGGAUGGCUUUCUCAUCGGGAAGCAAGUUAAUGCAGCUGCAAAAAAAGGCUUUCCCCCAACCCAGUCUGGCCUGGAAGAUGGCCCCCUACCUCGACACAGUUGAUUUGGCCACCUGGAUCCCUGCCACAGUAACGUCAAGACUUGACUACUGUAAUUCACUCUACGCAAGUCUCCCCUCAAAGUCCACUUAGAGACUCCAGCUGGUGCAGAAUGCUGCAGCUCACUUACUUUCAGGAGCUAGACGGGGCGUGCAUAUGACUCCCAUUCUGUAGUCACUCCAUUGGCAACCCAUCAGUUGCCAGGCUGAAUCCAAGGUCAUGACUAUCACGUUCAAAGCCCUUCUUGGCCUUGGCCCCUCGCAGCUGUGAAAUCACUUCUCUCCCUCUGUUCCAGCUUUGUUCAUCUGAACAAGGCCUUCUGCAGAUAACCACCCUGUGGUUGACCUAAAUCAAGAACUGCCCGUAGCACCCACCUCGUGGAAUGGCCUGCCUGAGGAGGUCAGGAAGGCUCCCUCUCUCCUGGCUUUCCGCAAACUAUAUUAUUUAGGAUAGCUUUCUACUCAGAUGAUAGGGCUGUGUUACAAGAAGUUGCUCAGAGGGAGGCGUUUGGUAAGGGAUAGGGACUGUAGACUAGGCUAUUGGAUACUGUCUGCUGAUGUAGAUGCUUUCCUGUUGGGUAGUUCAACAUUGCUAAAGAUGUCAUGAUAGUGCUUAAAUUCAGAAAGGUCGCAUCUAUGUGUUUGGCUUUCUGCUAUUUUUUUUUCCAUAUUUGCAGCUCCCAUACCCUAUUGUAUCUGUUUUCAUCCACUGUCCAAACUGGUGAUUAUGCUAUAUUUGCUCUUUGAACGUCCUAGUGAUUGAUUAUAUUGUAUUCACCUGCAGUAUUGUAAUCUGCCAUGGAUCUCACUGAGAAAGUUGGACUAUAAAUAAACAACAACAAUAACAACUA